GCAGAGCUGGAGAGGGCGCUGGGCGGAGCGGCCAUGGAGGGUCAGCGCUGGCUGCCGCUGGAGGCCAAUCCCGAGGUCACUAACCAGUUUCUCAAACAAUUAGGUCUACAAGCUAACUGGCAGUUUGUUGACGUCUAUGGCAUGGACCCCGAGCUCCUCAGCAUGGUCCCGAGACCAGUGUGCGCAGUCUUACUGCUCUUUCCCAUCACAGCAAAGUAUGAAAUGUUCAGAACGGAAGAGGAGGAGACAAUCAAAUCCCAGGGACAGGAUGUUGCGUCCUCAGUGUAUUUCAUGAAGCAAACGAUCAGCAAUGCCUGCGGGACCAUCGGACUGAUCCACGCCAUCGCCAACAACCAGGACAAGAUGCGCUUUGAGUCUGGAUCAACCUUGAAGAAAUUCCUGGAGGAGUCUUCCUCAAUGUCCCCUGAAGAGAGAGCCAGAUACCUGGAGAACUAUGACGCCAUUCGAGUCACUCACGAGACCAGUGCACAUGAAGGUCAGACUGAGGCACCAAGUAUAGAUGAAAAAGUAGAUCUUCAUUUUAUUGCAUUAGUUCAUGUAGAUGGGCACCUCUAUGAAUUAGGACCCUUUGAUGAAUUACGCAGCCAGCUAGCAGUCUUGGCCGAAUUACCACGUCAGGGCUCAUCAAGGUCUGGAGACUUGUAUGUCCCAAAUCAUUCAGUCACUCGUUUCCGUCAGAACAGCCUGCUGGUAUUUGACUCAGAAGCUUGCGGUCAUGAUCAUCCGUGGUUGCUCGAGCUGUUCCAGACUGAGCCGGGAGAGACAGCCCUCCACGCCAGUCUGCUGAGCGGGUCCCUGUCGUUCCUUAAUCCCGGUGACGCCAUACAAGUUUGCAAGAAGUUUAUGGAACGUGACCCUGAUGAAUUAAGAUUUAAUGCGAUUGCUCUUUCUGCAGCAUAGCUUGUUAACAAUGGAAACACCAAAUACUGUAUUAUUUGCAACAAAAAUUGAUGCUGCCAAACACUAACUCAAAUUUUUGAUAUUUUCGUUAACCUGAUUAAAACUUUGUGUGACUUAAA